UCUAAGGCACAUUCAAACUCCACAUUGCCUUUCUGAUGUAAUCACUGGCAAGGGAAAGAACAUAGAGGAGAUCACUUUAUAGGACAACUGAAAAGUCUCCCCACCAGCAAACUUCUGCACUAAGGUCUGACAAGUAAAAGAGAAAAAUGAGCAACAUUUAUGAAUCAGCUGCCAACACACUUGGGAUUUUUAAUAGUCCAUGUCUAACAAAGGUGGAACUGAGAGUUUCCAGCAAGGGGAUAUCUGACAGAGAUGCACUCUCUAAGCCUGAUCCUUGUGUCAUCCUGAAAAUGCAGUCACAUGGCCAGUGGUUUGAGGUUGACAGAACAGAAAUCAUUAGAACCUGCAUAAACCCAAUCUUUUCAAAAGUUUUUACAGUGGAUUUUUAUUUUGAAGAAGUUCAGCGUUUGCGAUUCGAAGUACAUGAUAUCAGCAGCAAUCACAACGGCCUGAAAGACGCAGAUUUCUUGGGUGGUAUGGAGUGCACUUUGGGGCAAAUUGUGUCACAAAGGAAAUUGUCAAAAUCCUUAUUAAAACAUGGCAAUACAGCUGGAAAAUCAUCUAUAACGGUCAUUGCUGAAGAACUGUCUGGAAAUGAUGACUAUGUGGAGCUAUCUUUUAGUGCACGGAAAUUAGAUGACAAGGAUUUUUUCAGCAAAUCUGACCCAUUCUUGGAAGCUUUCCGAAUGAAUGAUGAUGGCACUCAGCAGCUUGUUCACAGAACCGAGGUUAUUAUGAAUAACUUGAAUCCAGCUUGGAUAACCUUCAAAGUUUCACUGAAUUCCUUAUGCAGUGGUGACCAUGACCGGAAAUUAAAGUGUAUAGUUUGGGACUGGGACUCAAAUGGAAAACAUGACUUCAUUGGAGAGUUUAUCACUACAUUCAAGGAAAUGAGAAGCGCAAUGGAAGGGAGACAGGUGCAAUGGGAAUGCAUAAAUCCUAAAUACAAAACGAAGAAAAAAAACUACAAGAAUUCAGGAAUUGUAAUUCUCAAUCAAUGCAAGAUCCACAAGAUGCAUUCGUUUUUAGACUACAUCAUGGGUGGCUGUCAGAUACAGUUUACAGUAGCUAUUGAUUUUACUGCAUCCAACGGUGAUCCUCGAAACAGCUGCUCUCUGCAUUACAUCCAUCCCUACCAGCCAAAUGAGUACCUAAAAGCCCUUGUUGCUGUGGGAGAAAUAUGCCAAGACUAUGACAGUGAUAAAAUGUUUCCAGUCUAUGGUUUUGGUGCCAGAAUACCUCCAGAUUUCAAGGUUUCCCAUGAUUUUGCAAUCAAUUUUAAUGAGGACAACCCAGAAUGUGCAGGAAUACAAGGAGUAGUAGAAGCCUACCAAAACUGCCUCCCAAAGUUACAGCUCUAUGGACCAACAAAUAUUGCACCUAUUAUUCAGAAAGUGGCAAAGGCUGCAUCGGAGGAGACACAUACUAUGGAAGCUAUGCAAUACUUUAUCCUAUUAAUCCUGACCGAUGGCGUUAUCACUGACAUGGCUGACACUAGAGAAGCCAUAGUUCAUGCCUCUCACCUUCCCAUGUCAGUCAUCAUUGUAGGAGUUGGUAAUGCGGAUUUCAGUGACAUGCAGAUGCUCGAUGGUGAUGAUGGAAUAUUGAGGUCGCCCAAAGGAGAGCCUGUUUUGAGAGACAUUGUUCAGUUUGUGCCAUUUAGGAACUUCAAGCAUGCAUCCCCAGCUGCACUGGCAAAAAGCGUUUUGGCCGAAGUUCCAAACCAGGUUGUGGACUAUUACAAUGGCAAGGGAGUAAAACCAAAAUGUAUGUCAGAGUACGAGUCUUCCAGGACACUAGGACCUUGAAUUUCUCUGCACAAGUUUGCCAAGACCCAAAACAUUAAUCAUCAUGAUAAUUAUAUAUAUAGCACGUUCUGGUGGUUUUUAACUUGAUUAUACAUAUAUUUUUCUUGCAUGUAUAGAUGGAAGUUUGGAUCUACUUAGCAGUUGUGUUGGUCAAGACUUUUUAUGAAGGAAAAAAAUUCACAGGAUUUCAUCUUGGGGAAAAAAAGGUUAACAGUACAGUAUGUGUUUUUUAUACUGCUUUGUUGAAUUUUUGCAAAGUUUCUUAUCAUAUUUAAACUGUAAAGCCUUUUGAAACAAAUACAGAUAUGUAAAAGCCAACAAUCUGCUGGGGGAAAAAAAGAUUUUUUGAAAUUGGCAAGUGCAUGGAAUAUAUUUUGCACGAAAAACCUUUCCAAUUUUAUAGUCUGUGUUCCUUUUUGAUCUGUUCUCAUUAGUGGCCUGUAAGUUUGCCUACUGAUGGCAGUUCAGCACAAGUAUAAUAAAAUGCAUUAAAUCCCUAAAUGUAGUAGGAUGUAGCGGUCACUGAGCAUAACAUUUUUUUUAUCCUCUGCCAGCUCACACUUCUAAGCUGGGGUACUGCAGUUUUACCAGCUGUUAAGAGCCACUAUUUUUUCAACAUUUUUUGGUGGGGGGAGCUUUUUUUUCCCUUAACACCAGGAAAAUAGAAGAUGAUGGCAUAUGGAAAAUGUUUGUUUAUAGAAAAGCUUAGCUCCAACUUUUUCUUUUAUAUUUGAACAUUUCGAUUUCAUAAAUAGUAAAAACCGCUCAUGCAUAAUUUUUAAUGUAUAAAGUCUAAUAAAAAAAAAAAUAUUUUUUCUUUCAAAGCCUACUUGUGCAAAAUCAAGCAUGACGCACAUGCUAAACUAUUUUGAUACACAUUUAACUACCUGACACAUUUUCUAGGAUUUAGACCAGGCAACAUAUUUUGCAAAAAUGAAAGCCUAUAUACAGUUUUAAAAGUUUGCUGAUUUAUAGGCCAUAACAUUUAAAACACAUAGGACUGAAAAUGGAAUUUACCCAUUAGAAAAUCAAGUAUUAAGAGUAUCUUUGGCCUCCUAGAGUAAGCAAUAAUUAUUCACAAUAGAAAUUUAAUUUGAUGUAAUCUAUAUAAGUAUCGUUUUGUUGUUUAGAUUUCAAAACCAGAUAAAAGUACUAUCAGGAAAUAAUAUACUAUAUAGAAUUUACAUAAAAAAUCAUUAGGUAUAAAUGCAUACAUUCCCAAAAUAAUUCUGUACCAUAAUAUGAAUCUGAUACAGUAUACAGUACAGGUUACCCUACAUGAAAUAUUUUUUCAGUGCUGGCUGUAAUCAUACUAAAA